AAAUGGCGGGUGUUGGGUUGGACACAAAGAUAUACCCUUCAGACAGGUAUGAUCAGGUCACCUUUUCCCCGGACCAAGGAGGUGCUGCUUCCUCCUCAAUGCCGGACUAUAGGAAAUACCAACAGGAGAGAUUCUAUGACGUUCAGACAUCGCUAACACUCGAGGAGGCUCGUUACUCAGAAAUGCGCAAAAAGAUUCCGGGAUUGGGUCGAAUUCCCAAGGAUCGCUUUCAUGAACAGGACCCGGAUUCAGAAUUUCAAAAGAGGAAAAAAGAACAUAUAACGUUUGUAAAGCAGCAUUUUCGACAAAUAGAAUGCAGUAAAUUUGUGCCAAAACCAAACCAAACCUCAGUCAAGAAAAUAAGGGACUUAAAGUGCCAUUGUGGAGAGGUUUUGUCAGAGCAUGCUGGACUAUCUAAUACUCAACCAAUGAAUAGUGUGCAGAGAGAUAUCGUGGAGGCCUAUCUUAUCCCAGACAGUAAAUUGCGAAGCAUCAUAAAUCGAGAAACACUCUUCAAAGCCCCACCAAAUAAUAUACCUGUAAUUCCGUGGAGCAAAGAGGAAGCUUUUCGGGAGAAUAUUUGUACGACAUUUGGAAAAAUAAGUUUUGUAAACAAUGAUAACCAGUUAGGGGGAUCUAAACCUGCGAAGUAUGUUCGACUGAGUCACAAGGAUUCUGUGGACAAAUGUCUAGAGCUGAUGGAGAAGCAUUGGAAAAUAAUGGAGCCUAAACCCCCGAGUCUGUGUAUCUCAGUGAUAGGAGGGGCAAAAAGCUUCAAACUGGACAACAAAAUGAGAGAAACUUUCAAUACUGGUCUUAUCAAGGCUGCAAAAACGACUAACGCGUGGCUGAUCACGACAGGAUCAAAUGUCGGAGUGAUGAAGGCUGUUGGUAAUGCAGUCAGUGAGGGUCAGUCCUUCUUAUGGGACAAUGACAGAAUCACCCACACGCUGCGCCUGAUUGGAAUCGGGCCCUGGGGAUAUGUGAAGGACAGAAAGAUGCUGGAGAGUGAUGGAAAUGGUCGUUUUCCUGUGCAUUUUCAAACCAGUAAUGUAAUUAUUCAUGGUAAACCUGUCCCCCUGAAUCCUAACCACACUCACUUUGUGUUUGUUGAUGACGGAGUCAGAAAUACAUACACCGGGGCCUCAGAGUUUAGGGCUCAGUUUGAACAGAAAGUCUCCAAGCCUACAGAAGCCGGAGGUUUAGGUAUUCCCGUUGUUUUGGUGAUCUUGGAGGGAGGAACGGAUGCCAUCCAUGAUGCGAUGGUGACCCUAGCACACAAAAUUCCCGUCGUUGUCUGCUCUGGAACUGGGCGAGCAGCUGACAUCUUAGCUUAUGCCUACUCUCACACUCGCAGCAAUAAGGGAGAACUGAAACCCAAACAUGAAGAGAAGUUGAAGGAGAAAAUAUUUGAUGCUUAUGGAGAGAGAUGGAAGGAAAAGGAUAUUGAGGAAAAUCUAGAGAAACAUUUGAGGAAUGUGAAGAAAUGCAUGGAGCAUAGAGACUUGAUCAACAUUUUCCCGAUGAACAAGCAUGAAGAUUUGGACAUCGCCAUUCUUACAGCGUUACUGAACUCUAAAGCAGGAGAGGCUUCAGAUAAGAUUCGGCAGAACCAAUUAAAGCUGGCCUUGACCUGGGACCGGGAUGAUAUAGCUCAGGAGGAAAUCUUCAGGGAAGACGUGUUAUGGCCAUCUGGGAGUUUGGAUGAUGUUCUAAUGGAGGCCAUACUGGAGGAGAGGGUGGAGUUUGUGGCCCUGAUUUUACAGCAGAAUGUGGUGAUGAAGGAGUUCCUGACCACAGAAAGACUGCAGACACUCUAUGAAAUGUCUCUGGCAAGAACAGACAGCAUUCAUCUCCGAAAACUGAUGGAUCGUACGAUACACACAAGAACAUUUACUUACGACAACCUAGCCCGACUUAUGGAGUCUCUGAUGGACAAAUACGACCACAACAUUGAGGAGGACAAUGUGGACGAUACUAACGGAGUGAAGUUCAUCCCGGUCAAGAAGAAGGGUCAGAGACAGUUUAAAUGGCCGUAUAAACAGCUGAUGAUAUGGUCUAUACUCAUGUUAAGACAAAAGUUGGCCAAAUUUGCCUGGCAGAUGGGGAGUGAACCUGUUACAAGCGCUGUGGCAGCCUCCAGGAUUUACGGAAGUAUGGCGGAGCACAUCCAUCGUAAUGAGUCUGCUCUAAAGGAAAGAAUCAUAGAGUACAAAGAUGAAUUUGAACACCUAGCUAAGAGUGUCCUUGAUGAAUGCCACGUUAAACACCAAGAAAAAGCCAUGAUGUUGGCCGAGAGGAAAUCGCCGACUUGGAGUUCAAUGACAAGUCUACAGAUCGCGGCUUCAGCAGUGAACAGGGCAUUCCUUUCGUCAGUGGCAUGUAAAAAUUCUAUAGAUAACAAUUGGAACCGAGGCAUUCAAGUCAAACCCAUUAAGGUGCUAGUGACCGUGUUCUUCCCUUUUCUUUUGUUCUCGCCGUUUUUGGAGGUGAACACAAUGGGGGAGAAGACUGCAAAAACAUCCCAGAAAAUCCUGACGUUUUACACAGCUCCCAUCACUAAGUUCACCCAUUACUCUAUCCUGUACAUGUUUUUCGUGGCCUUGUUUACCUAUUAUUUGUUGGUGGACUAUCAGUUUUAUUGUAUCACAUGCAUAGAAAUUGUUUGCAUGGUGUGGAUUAUCACAUUCAUUGUGGAUGAACUUUACACACUUCUGACUUUCCCGUCACCAACGUUUCACGGCAAGAUACGUGACUGGUAUGGAAUUCUUAAGACAGUGGACAUGUUAAAUUUACUCCUGGCACUAGUGGUGUUUAUCAUCAAAGUGGCUUGCAAGGAAACUUAUGCUUAUGAGGCCAAGGUGAUUUUGUCCAUGAACUGCAUCAUCUUCUAUCUACGCAUCAUGAAGUUGUACACACCCAACAACAGUCUGGGACCUAAGCUGGUCAUGAUUAAGAUGAUGUUUGAAGAAUUGUGUAUGUUCCUCUUGCUUGUGGUUGUCUUUCUCUUUGCUUAUGGUGUCGCCAGCCAAUCACUUCUAUACAGACAGAGAGAAGCAUCAUGCACAUGGGAUAUCCUAAUAAUCCUAAAAGACAUAGUGUUUUAUCCGUACUGGGAGCUGUAUGGAGAACUGGAAUUUGAUGAAUCUACGGCAACUAAUCACACCUGUAUAAGAAAAGCUUCUCAGCUUAAUCCCGAGAGGUCACGUGUGGUGGAACUGGCAAAAUGUAAGAAGGACUACUGGCUUGUUUACAUCCUGUGUGCCGGCUACCUUCUCAUGGGGAAUGUUCUACUCUUCAAUCUUCUUAUCGCCAUCUUCAACAAUAUUUAUAAAAAGGUUGAGCAAAGAUCGAACGAGAUUUGGAAGUUCCAGAUGUACUUCCUCACAAUGGAGUUUGACAACAAGACGGCCUUGGUACCGCCCCUCAGUAUCAUCCCUCACCUGUACCUCUGUUUUAAGUGGCUGGCCAGGAAAACCUGCUGUAAAAAGAAAUCCAUGGGUGUACAGUUCACACAGAGACACCUGGAAUUUCUACAACUUUUUGAGAAAGAGGAAAUGGCCAACUAUCUCAGACGAAUUAAAUCAGAGCAUAGAGAUUCAACAGAAUCUAAACUACAAAAACGGGUAGAAGAGCUGUUUAAAUUGGUGGAGGAGGAACUGACCGCUGACCACGGAGGCAGUUCUCUUAAUCAGACGUUAAGUGCCACACAGACGGUCAAAAUGGCCCGAGAGACUACACUAGAGUCUUGUCCCCUGGAACCCAGUGGUUGGCCUAGGACUGAAGCUGUCCUUGACUAUGCUAAAAAUUUGGAGGAGAAAGAGGAGCAGAAAACGAAAGGAGAAGCAAAGGAGGAUGUUGUUGAUGAAGAUCAGGUGAAGAAAGAGAAGAAGAAGAAACAUAAAAAAGAUAAGAAGAAGAAAAAGCAGCAAGAGGAGGAAAAAAUAAUAAACUUGGAUCAACAAAAUAACGCCAAACCAGAAAGUGAGGCUUGGAAAGAUAUGGCUAGCCUUGCUUCGAAUUUGUCUCCCCGACUGACCAAGUCGCCAAUAAGGGGAGGUCCAGACUCUACUCCCAAGAAUCUGUUUUUACAACGUCAUCAGACAACACAAAUUAAUUUGUCUGAUGAUUCCUUUGACAGUGAUGAUGUACAACCCCAAGUUCCGGAUUCGUCUAAUAUUCUAAGUAUGCCUAGGAGAACAGGGUCUAAUAUACAGGCAAGUGAUUCCGAUUCUGACAUGCCUAGAAGACUGCGGUCAAAGAAAUCGCUCCUUCGGGUAGAAAGCAGUACAGAAGAUGAAAGGCGUUCUAAAAAGAGGAUUUUUAAUCGACGACGAAGUCGGCAACUGUCCGAAUCGGAUUAA